AUGAAUGCUACCAGCGACUCGAGUUGGCCGGCAUGGCUUUCAGUCACCGGAGUCGUCCUCUCGUACACCUUCACCAUCUUCUCCUACGCGCUGUAUCCUGUCUUGUUUCUCUCAAGAGCAAUAUGGUACAUUCUAGCGUCUCUAUCGGCGCCCUUUAUAUACAUGGGGCUUGUCAUCGCUGACGCUUUGCUGCUUCCAUGGCGCAUCUUCGCUACUUUCGAGCCGCUUUGGUACUUCCUCGGUAGUGCGAUUCUGCUGGGCCUAUUGUUCGCUAUUGCCUUACAUUUCACCAUGCGCGCCAUUGUUGUUGUGUUCCGCCUUGAUCACAGCGCUCCGCGGCCGAUUCCAGCCAGGGGCCACGAUGCCAUCUCAUACAGAAAGGCAAGGGAAGCAAAGAAAAAGAAACAACUAGAGGAACAACAGCGGCUGGCUGCCGAGGCCCGAUUGAUUGCUUCGCAACCUCUCUUACAGGAAGUGGUUCGGGAGGCCAGAAAGAUGCCCUUGUCAGGUGCGGUGCCUGCGGCUUCGCUGAGCCCUCUGAGCCCAAGGAAUACGGCACCAAGCUGGCCGGGUCUUUUGCAGGAGACGAUCCUGGAACAUAGCGAUGAGGACAACAGUGAUUCGGAAUUCAGCGGCGAAUCUGCACUUCCAAGACAUUCUCUUGCUAUACGCUGA